GUUUGUGUAAGGAAGUGACUAUCAAAAAUGAUAAUGCUGCUGAGAAAAACCAUGUUAGAGGGGUAAAGAUAGGAAACGAAUGUGCAAGGGUGUGGGAGGGGGGAGAUGAGAGACCAGGAGGUGAGCAAGAGUCAGAGAGAGCGAGAGGCAGGGAGAUAGAAUAAGCCAACUACAGUCUGCCUUCCUGGAUAGAGGUGUUUGAGUUCAAGUUGCUAGAGAUGAGAGAUGCACCGCACAGCACAAGAGCACAGACGGUGCACAGCAAACAGCACAGCACCUCACAGCAGCCUCUUAUGGACACACAUGGGCAAUGAAGCUUAGUCUUGGAUGACUUGGCUAAUGGAAAACCUGGACCACUGCCACAACUUUGAAAGGCUGCAGAGGAUAGCUACUAAAGCGGGGUUUAACGAAAGUGGACGGUCCAGCUCUUCUCUUGUUCUCUCUUUUUUUUGCUUGCUCCUUCAGGAUGAUGGUUUCAGGAACUGUGAUACCUUAUAGUGAGCCUCUUUGCUCUUCCUCCUAAGUGUCAUGCUGGAGCCUCACUUCCUCCCUCUCCUGGAUUCUUGAUGUAGUAUUCUCUCCCUGUCUCAGCCUACUUGGAAAAGCAUGACUGGAUAAUUCACUGCAUUUCUGCACCGAGAUGGGGUUUGCAACUUCUGCAUGCAUAAAUUAUAGUCACCCGUACAGAUCUGUGAGUACAAAUACUAUGUAAGAUGCUGAAUCUAUUGUUUCUUUUGACACUGAUCUGCAGAACAAUCUGAACUCCUAAAAUAGCAGCAUUCUACCCCAGACAAGCUUGCCAGAACAAAGCUGUUUUUCAAUUGUGCUAAUCUCUUUUUAAAUCUAUUUUAAAUGAUAUAUCUCAACGGACAUAUACAAUCUAAAACAGUGGGCACCUGCAUGAUGUUGAGGAGCAUAUAUUAGUCUGCUACUAAUUCCUGUGAAUUAUAUUAUUCAAUUCUUCAAAUCCAUCAGUCCCUUUUCAAGUUUAACUUUUAACGUGACAGAUGUUCUUGAUUGAAAUGAAAACUAUCUGAAACUGUGACAGGCAUGUAAAGCUGUGGGAGGUAUCUCAUAGUCGCCGGAGUGUGUCUGAUAUGUGGACAGCAACCAUGUCUCUCCCCGGAAUAAGCACCAUACAUUCGGCGGGCUUCUGCCAUGAAGCCCAGGACCCCCUGCCAUUCUGUCUGCUGCUGUGCCCAUGUGAAGGAUGUUCCACAGCUCGCUGCUAGAAGCCCUGGCCCUGACCGAGAGUCCGGAUCGCAGGGAGCGCAUCCGCGAUCACAUAAGGAUGGUGAUGGAACAACUAGAAGAAGUUCUCACUGAGCUGAAGGAUGUAGCUAGAGAGCUCAGAGAGGUAGUGGCACAAAUUGACAAACUGACAGCUGACAUUGAUCUGGACACAAGAGAGGAUACAGAGGAGCACAAAAUGACCCUGGCUUGCAGCAACGCUGCCGAGAAACAAGAAUCAGGCCUCUGCCAGUGGAGCUGUGGAGAUCUACCUGCCCUUAAUGGACCUACAGGUGUCCUGUACAGCCCCAAAGCUUCCUGGCUCUUUCAUAGUGGAAAAAUGCACUGCAGUGAUAAGACUCUGUAUCAUGCGCUAUGCUGUGAUGAUGAUGAACUUGAUGAAGAAAAUGGUGACAGGGGAUCCUCCAGAUUCUCAUCCAGUGACUCUGUUUUUUUGUCCUCCCCCUCGCGACCACUGACACCCAGGUCUGCCCGGAAAUGGCAUCUGGAUCCAAGCUCAAGCAGAGCAGCACUGCGGAACAGCAGCACUCAGACAGUUUCAGAUAAGAGCACACAAACUCUGUUUCCCUGCAGUCCUAGGCAACGAGCAUCAAGUGACCACAAGCACUAAACUAGUUGUAAACACCCCACUGAUAUGAAACUACUUUGAACUGAGAGAAGCAUAUUUAUCCAUAAAAUGUUAAUAUCCAUAUAUCCAUAUAUCCAUUUUUAAGACUGAAGUGAGCACAUUCCCAGUGCAACUUGUGUUGAAUUGAAGUGUAAUGAAAUUACUAAAGAGUUUAAUGAAAUGAAACUGAACAUAAGCAUGUAUGAACCACAAACAAAGAAACCCAGUGUAACAUCAGUGACCAGCAAUCGAUCAUGCACACACAACAGGCUUAUAACAUAACAAUACACAGGCAACAUGGCGAAUAAAGCUCAACACGCACCACCUGUGUGAGGCAUGGCAUACAAUCAAAAUAAAUAACAUGUGCAACAAAAGAGCACCGCAGAAAGCACAACAUAAACAAAAAAGCCAUGUGGAUGCCAUUACCGCUAGACGGAGGCUGCUGGCUCCAUUUAAUGAUAUUAUGUAAAAUCUAAACUAGUUUCGAUGUCACUGACAAAGGUUCAGCACAGACAAACUAAGUGGGAAGUGAACCUCCCUAAAAUAAAUAACCAUAAACAACACAUGUUGCAGUCAGCUGUUCUGAAUCCGUCUAUACACAAGCUUCUUAAAAUUAAGUAUCAAAUGUAUACAAAUCGAUUUAUUUUCAAAACAUUUUUUUCUUACCCAGGAAUCAUUAGCAAUAUUGUUCUUAUAUAUUACAAGCAUGCCAAUUUAUAAGAAGAUGAUUUUAAGUUAAUAAAAAAUGCAUUAACAGAAAAAGACAUAGGUAAGGUUUCACUGCAAAGGAUGACAAAGGCAAUAUCAAUUCCACACAAUCAAUUCCACACAAUGUCUAGGUAUGAUGACAUUUAUUUCAGAAUAUCUGACUUGGUGGUCCAUAAAAAUAAGACCCUAUUUUAACAACAGAUGUGACAAUGGAAAGACAAAAAUUGAAAUGAAGAGUGACAGCUUAUCCUCCACGGUAUCAGAGAGGUUAGCCUUGUUAUUGUUUCAGGUCAGAAAUAAAGGUAGCUGACUUCAGAAUUUCUCUCAAGGCCAUGAGCUGACUUCUCCCAGUAUUUUUUAUUUUUUUUAUUUCCCAGUUAUGAUACUUUAUCUCAAGCACACAUAAGAAAGAAAAGUAUCGUGCAAUAUUGUAGAAUCAAAAUGUAACCAUUUCAAUUGCUCUGAAAGCAUCUUAUAAUGUGUUAAGAUUUUUACAUGUGGUAUUACAUGUGGAAAUGUGGUAAUACUCUGCUUAACAAACACUAAAUACACAAAAAAGUUGAGAUUUGAGAUUUGGGAUCAUCAAUUUUGUGAAUUAUUUAAAAUGUUUACUUUUGCCCAAGAUUGCCCAAAAGGUUACACUGUUGACUUUUGACUGAAAUACUGUAUGUACACUGAUCAGAAUGAAUUCAAUACACUGAUAAAGAUUUUGUAUUGAUAUA